AGCAAAACGACCCACUUGACAGCGAAGUUGUCAGUAACUUUGGCUAGCCUGUUUUUUACCCAAAUAAUAGCCGGACCUCAACUAAGUCAGGCGUAAAAAGAGUUCCCCACUCCUUUCAUAUCACUUUGUUGGUGACAGCAAUAACGUCAGUGUAACGUUGGACAACACUGGCAAUGUUUGCUAAUUAUACCAGACAUAAAAGUUGAGCGUGCACGGUGCAUUUCAGGUAUCAAGCCUUUCCCGGGGAUGGGGGACAUGAAGACCCCAGAUUUUGACGAUUUGCUGGCAGCUUUUGAUAUUCCUGACAUUGAUGCCAAAGAAGCCAUUCAGUCAAGCCCAGAGGAAGAGGAAAGGGAUCGGGUAGAUGAUGAAGUUGAUGCAAGACAGGGUGGGCCCUCCUCUUGCUUCCCCUGCUCCCCUGCCUCUCAGGGCGACCCCCCAGCUGUCAGUGUCAUUGUGAAGAACAGAGUGCGGCCUGAGUCCUAUGGAGAGGUGACGCAGUCUGUCAGGGAUGAUCCCAAAAUCUCUUCGGAUAAUGCACAUAAUCCCCCAAGCAGUGGCACAGGCACUAAGGAUCAGGACAAGUUAGACGAGGCUCUGCUGACAGCACAGCUCGGCCCCAAACUACCUGGUGACGCCUCCUUGGAGCCCCAGAUACCCAAUGGCUACGAGGGAUCGGCCACUGGGACUCAGGGACAGUUCAACGGAGAGCCAUGGACCCGCAGUUCUCCGCUGAGCCCCACGGCGAAUGCUAGUGAAAGCACGGGCAAUGAGGGAGAUGAGGUUGGAUCAGUCAGGCCUGUGGCUGACAUCAUGAACAGGUUAAAGCCCCUCCUCUAUUCACACUCUUCAACCAACACUGGUUCAUCUGCACCUUUUAGCCCCACAUCGUCACCUUCUCCUCCUUCUCUCUCCAUCAGCCAACCGCUUCAUUCUCAUUCCUCCAUUCAGAAGGAGGAGCCUUGUCACCUUGAUAGCCUGCCAUCCUCUCCCCCUCCACCCCAAAAUGGAAGUAUGAAAGCUGGGACGAGCCACAUUGUGGAAUCAGAUGAAGAAGACUCAGAGCCAGACUUGGGAAGCCCACUAGUGAUCCAGGAAAGCCCGGAAACUCUAAUGUCCUCCCCAUCCAAAUUUACUCAGGGACCUCAGCUACCCUCUAAGCUGCUUGGCUCUCCUCAAACCUCUCCUGGCCCACUCCCCUCCGCUCCCCAUCGCUCCUCCUCUCCAACAUUCUUAACGUCUAAAUCUCACUGUGAAGAGGAGGUGCCCACCAUACAGAGUUCUCUCUCCGCAGCUCCUCAGCCUCAGGGCACCCAAGACUGCCUGGCCUCCAGUCUUACAGGCUCCACAUUAGUCCAAGAGGAGAAAUAUCCAGAGCAUGUGAUUGAUGAGAGAGACUCUCCUGAGAGCCCACCGCCUGAUCAGACAGGUUUUGUAGUCCCGAAGAGAAGUCCCAGCCCUGUUUCAGCCCCCAAACAAGUUCCAGCUGCUGCCACCAACCAAGAGGACCCCCAUGACCAAGAGGUACCCAUGGAGAGUGAGCCAGGCCAAGAAUGCAGGCAAGAUGACGUCAGUGAGAUGGUGGAAGGUGAAAAGAUGAAGGAUGGAGGUGGAGGAGAAGCUGACAAGGUGAGCCCUGAUGCUGGCUCAUUAUCUGUUGAUGCUGUAUCUACAAAUGCUGCAAAGACAGUUUCAUCUCCAUCGCUUCCUCUCAAAGUUAAAAUCAAAACUGUCAAAACACCAACAGGCAGCAUCACAAGGACUGUGACUGGAGUAGCACCUAAACGUGUGGGCCGACCCCCCUCUAAAGGUGCAGGUAGUUCAAAAUCUUCAGCAGGAGGUCAUAACUUUGCAAGGGCUAAGAGGGAGGAAUCUCAACGUUCUCAGAAAUGGACACCAAAGCCAGAUAGGUCUCUGCCUGCAGCGGCAAUGCUCCAGGAUCCAAGCGCUGUAGUGGUAGUAGGUCCAAAUACGAUCAAGGACAAAACAGCUGCAGAAGCUAAACACAAGGUGUCACCCACAGCAGUCAGCAUUACCAAAACUGCGGCCCUACCCUCUGUCUUGUCCCCUGCCAGAAUCAACGCUGGGGGGAUCAGCAUGCACAGCUUGGGCCAGAAAACUCUUCCCAGUGGUAUGACGUUGCCCUCACCUACACCCCUGCUUGCCGCUCAGGUUGGCAGUCGACCAGCCUCCAUAGUUAACAGCACAGGGGCCACUAUAUCCAAAAGUCAGUCCAACCUGGUGGAGGCCUUCAACAAGAUCCUCAACAGCAAAAACCUGCUGCCCAGUUAUAAGCCAGACCUGAGCUCUCCACUUCCUGCAGAAUGGGGCCUUCCUCUACCGGCACAGGGUUACCGCUGUUUGGAGUGUGGUGAUGCCUUUGCCCUGGAGCAGAGUCUGGCACGACACUAUGAUCGGCGCUCGCUGAGGAUUGAGGUGACGUGCAACCACUGUGCCAAGCGGCUGGCCUUCUUCAACAAGUGCAGCUUGCUUCUGCAUGCCAGGGAGCAUAAGGAGAAAGGCUUGGUCAUGCAGUGUUCUCACUUAGUCAUGAAACCUUUAACUGUGGAGCAGAUGAUCGGACAGCCGGAACCAACCCCCACAGGCCUACUCUCUUCCUCUCUCCUGUCCUCCUCUCCAGCACUGUCAUCAUCUUCUCUGAACCCAGCUACUGCUAACUCCGGCAAGAAAAUAGAGGAAGUGCAGUACACCAAUAACAAAUGCCCAGAGUGUCAGGCUCAGUUCUGCAGCAAAGAAGAUGUGGCAGUUCACUUCCAGGAAAUCAAACCAGCAAACAGUACUUUGUGCACAGAGUGUUCUCCUCCCAUGCUGCUUUCUAACAGCUGCAGUGCAGCAGCUCACCAGCGCAUCCACCAAGCCUGCCUUCCACAUGUCUGUCCAGAGUGCGGGGGCACGGCCAAGCAGCCAGCCUUCCAAACCCACCUGGAUGAGACCUGUUUGCACUUUGCCCGCCGCAUUGGAUACAGGUGCUCCAGUUGCCAGGUUGUAUUCGGGGGGCUGAACUCAGUGAAAUCUCACAUCCAGCUGGCUCACUGUGAUGUGUUCCAUAAAUGCCCCAGCUGUCCCAUGGCGUUCAAAUCUGCCUCCAGCAUACAGAGCCACAUCACUGCCCAGCAUCCCACUCUGACUGGAGCACAGACCAAGUUAAUCUAUAAAUGUGUGAUGUGUGACACAGUUUUUACUCAGAAGUCCUUGCUGCAUGUCCACUUUGACACUCACUUAGCCAACCAGAAGAUAAAUGUGUUUAAGUGUCCUGAGUGCACCAAGCUCUACUCUCUGCGGAGCUCCCUAAUGGACCAUUUCAAGUCACAUAAGGCUCCUGCGCUCAAACAGGAGUCACCCGCCUCCCCAGUUGCCUCCUCUAGAUCACAGGCCUUAGUGAGGACCGAGAACUCAGAUGAAGAAGAAUGGAGGGAGGAGGAAGAGCAGAGGGUGAAUGGGAAGCGGACAAAGACCCCGUCAGUGUGGAGCUGCACGCCGUGCCAUGCACGCUACACAGAGCGGGAGGAGUUCAUUAACCAUAUGGCUGGACAGCAUGGCAAGAUUCUGAAGAAGUUCCCUUGUAACAAAUGUGAGAGCUCCUUCACUACGACCUCCAGUUUGAAACGUCACAUCAGAGACAAACACAAAGGAGUGAAUCGGGGUUUCAGCUGCCAGUUCUGUACUGAGGGUCAGAAAACAUUCAGUAGCAAAGUGAUGUUGGAGAGGCAUCUUCAGCUGAGACACAGCAUGGAUACUGUGAACAGGGACUCACUAAUGGGAGUUGGUGGCGGGCUGGACGAGGCAGACAGUUCCUCAGAGCAGGAUGGCAGUUCUGGGCUUCGCCUGAGACGGAAAGGAUCCGUGAAGAUGGAGCAAGAAGAAGAGUCCACAGAAGGCCUGAGCCCAGUUAAGAGGUGUCGUCUCUCCUCCUCUGCACCCUCUUCCUCAUCUCUCCCUGUAUCUGGCUUCCGCUGUGCCCCCUGUGGCUUCACCACUGAGGACCAGACAGCCUUCCUGGAGCACAUUGUGCAGCACCGCACCGGGGGGGCAGGAGGCACCAGCCUGCAGUGUUUGCAGUGUGGUGCCUGCUUCACCUCCACCACCUCCCUGUCCCGCCAUCGUUUCAUCACCCAUAAAGUAAGAGACAUACUUUCUGACAACCACCAUGGCGACCACCCAGCACCCUCUCUCGGUAACAGCAGGAACCAUGACAAUAUGAGUCCACGGGUGGGUUCUCCACCAGCGUCACCCUCCUCUGAGCCCUCUGUAUCACAGGGGAGCGAAGGGGAGGGUGCGUUGGCUUGUAAGGUGUGUGGUAAGCACUUUGAGAAGACAACAGAUCUCAACACUCACUUUAGAACUCAUGGUAUGGCAUUUAUCAGUGCACGCAAUGCAGGAAAAACUACUUAAGGUGUGAGUAAAAUAGAGGAGAAGUAAAGGAGAGGUUGGUAGAUCAUAACAGUAUUUGCAAAGUGCCUUAUUUAUUGUCAAGUUCUCAGCAAAGUGUAGGUUAGUGCUUGUGCACUAAGUUAACCAAAAAAAUGGCUACUGCAGAGUUUAUAUAUGGACUGAUUGUAAAACAAUCAAAUCAGAUUUUCACUGUAAAAGAAAAGCCUUAGCCUUCCACUUGUUCUGACUCUCAGGAUCUUAUAGUGUGUUUCUGUAUCCAGUUAUGAUACUAAUGAGAUGAGCGAGCUACUUUACUGUCAGUGGACUGUAAGUUUGACUAGUUCACCACUGACCACGUUCAUAUAUUUAAUGUGCCUGGAGAGAACUGUGAAUGUGAUUACCAAAUGCUACUGUGAUAUGCUUGUGGGCUGUUUUGCUGAAUGUUCAUAGACAGCAAUGGAAUGUGACCAUUUUAAUUUUAAUAUUUCCUCCUGCUGAGGAGGUUCUUGAAAUGGUAAUGGCAAUCCAGGUCUUUUUCAGGUCCUUUUUUCAAGUCCUUUUUGCAUAAUUAUCUUUGAUACUUUUUUUCGUUUGUUUGUUUGUUUUUCAAGUAGAAUGUAUGUACACAAGAUUGACAGAUAUGUUCUUCCUCUAUGAGCACGAGGUGGAAUUAAAACAACAAUAGGUGUGUAUUUCUGUUUGGUUUAGGGAAAUGUAUUUUUUCAAAAAUGUAUUUUAUGAAAUUACUGUAGAAAAAAAAUUAUGUGUAUGUGACUUAUUCCUUACGCCUACAAUACAUAACACAAUGCUUAUGUUCAUAUUUUCGAGAAGUAUUUCCUCGGGCACUGCUGAAAGUCUAAAUCAUUUUACAGGACAAGAGCAUGCAGACUUUGUACCAGCUGAAUGUGAUCAGAAGCUCCAGCAGGCAAAGUGAACCAGUGUAUCAGUGCAGUUCAGAUUGUGUCUUUGACUCUGUCAAACUAAUGUAGUGGACGCUCAGAUUAACUACCAACCCAGCCUCCAUGGAAUCAUCCCAGAAGCCAUUGAAACUCAGUUGAAACUGUCAAGCCGUGGCUUUUCUGAGUGAGUGUGUGGUAGUUAUUUGUGAUGUGUGUGUGCUUGUUUUAUUUUCUCAGGAGAUUGUCCUAUGCUUUAACACAUUUUCCCUCAGAUUUAACUUCCAUUUUAUGUUUUUUGCAUUGAUAAUAUAGUUUCUAACCAAAUGUUCCUAAAAAGAUUAAUAAACUGGCACAUUUUCAGUCA